GAACUAUAAAAGCUUCAGCAGUACCAGUGUCCACAGGUAGUAUUCCACAGACAACAGUCCAAGGAAGUGAGUAAAAGUUCGCUGAAAACAUGAGAAGUCUAAUACUAAUUGCUUUGCUGUGCACAGUAUUGGCAGCAAUGUUGCACUCAACUGAUGCCCAGAAGCCGCACAAGGCGGAGAUGCCCGGUAUGCCCGGCUCUAGUGGCUUUACGACCCGUGCACGACGCGCUGCACAAGGUGGUGGUGGUGGUGGCGCUGGUGGCGGUGCAGGAGCAGGAGCUGGAAUGGGAUUCGGCAUGGGCGCUAAUAUGGGUGCUGGCGGCCAAGCUGGUGGCGGUGGGCAAGGUUAAGGAUUCUUUUGAAAGACAUUUAAUGCAAUAAAACAGAUGAGUUUGAGAAAAACUAGCAGAUUUUUCAUUAUUAUGGAGGUUUAAUAGCUUCCAAGGAUUAACAAAGAUAUUACAUAUUUACAUAGUAA